ACCAAGCUUAUUUGUGACUAUUCACGAAGCAAGUUACUCUCAAUCUCACACUCAUCGAAGAGAAGAGGAACCAUGUCUUCAAAGGGCAAGAGGAAGGAGGAGCAGGACAACGCUUCUGAUGCCGACUCUGAAGGCCAUGCACCGCCCAAAAAAACCUCCAAAACCGCCACUACCACCAACGCCGAUUCUGAGGACCCCGACUCCAUCGUCGUCUGCGAGAUUUCGAAGAACAGGAGGGUUUCGGUGAGGAACUGGCAGGGGAAAAUUGUCGUCGACAUUCGUGAGUUUUACGUCAAAGAUGGCAAGCAACUCCCUGGAAAGAAAGGGAUCUCGUUGACCAUGGAUCAGUGGAAUGUGCUUCGUAACCACGUUGAAGAAAUUGACAAGGCAGUUACUGAGAAUUCCUGAAGAAAUGAACAAUGACUUUGCUAGGUCAAAUGGUAGUAGCUUUGUUGUAGGCCUCCUUUUUUGUUUUUGCAAUUAGCGGCACAGAUAGCCCCUGCAUAACUUGAUGCAUGUAAAGUGAUUUACUCUACAUACUAAUAUGUUAGUUAGUAGUAAUCAGUUAACUGCGCUUGUGUUGUUCAGAUAAUCUGUUAGUGCAAUUUUCUCAUGGGCCUCUCUUUCCUAA